AUGGACGUUCACCAGCGAAGCCUGAAAACCGUCGAUGAUUCAGCUCUCUCCGGCAAAACUUCCAAAACUAAAAACCUAAAACACGAUUCACAGUCACAACCUUCACUCUACUUGACUAACGCUGUUUUCUUCGGUCUCUUCUUCUCUGUUGCGUACUUUCUUCUUCACAGGUGGCGUGAGAAAAUCCGAACCUCUACUCCUCUACACGUCCUCACAAUCUCCGAGAUUGUAGCUGUACUUUCCCUCGUAGCUUCAUUUUUCUAUCUUAUGGUUUUCUUCGGUAUUGGCUUCAUCCUUCAUCCAUUUGCCGCGUUUCGUGCCGUUCAGUAUGAUGAAGAAGAUGCAGCAGAGAUUGAUAAAACCUCCGGUUCAUGCCUUGCUGAAGUAUCACCCAAGUUACCUCCGCUACCGCCGAAUAUUGGCGCUAAUAAAGUUGCUCCGGCGCCGGUGCUGAUUUCGUCCGAUGACGAGGAAGUUGUCCAGGCUGUCGUUUCAGGAUCUAUUCCGUCUUACUCACUUGAAUCCAAACUCGGAGAUUGCCGGCGUGCGGCGGCGAUUCGUAACCAAGCGGUGGAGAGAGUUACCGGAAGGUCACUUGAGGGUCUACCGAUGGAAAAUUUUGACUACGAUUCUAUAUUAGGACAGUGUUGCGAGAUGCCGAUAGGAUUUGUUCAGAUUCCUGUAGGAGUUGCCGGUCCUUUGUUGCUCGACGGAAAAGAGUUCACGGUCCCGAUGGCAACCACUGAAGGCUGUUUGGUUGCAAGCACUAAUAGAGGUUGUAAAGCUAUUUAUGUUUCCGGUGGUGCUACCGCCGUUGUCCUCCGUGAUGGUAUGACUAGAGCCCCCGUCGUUAGAUUCAACUCCGCCAUAAGAGCUUCUCAGUUAAAGUUCUUUUUAGAAGAUCCUCAAAAUUUUGAUUCACUCGCCCAUACUUUCAACAAGUCAAGUAGAUUUGCGAGAUUACAGAAUAUAAAAUCUACUAUGGCAGGAAAGAAUUUAUACAUUAGAUUUACGUGUUCAACCGGUGAUGCGAUGGGGAUGAACAUGGUAUCAAAAGGUGUACAAAACGUGCUUGAUUUUCUUCAAAGUGAUUUUCCUGAUAUGGAUGUUAUUGGAAUAUCAGGAAAUUUUUGUUCGGACAAGAAAGCAGCUGCAGUAAAUUGGAUUGAAGGGAGAGGAAAAUCUGUGGUGUGUGAGGCUGUAAUUAAGGAAGAGGUGGUGAAGAAAGUUUUGAAGACUAGUGUUGAGUCUUUGGUUGAGCUUAACAUGCUAAAGAAUCUAACUGGUUCAGCCCUGGCUGGUGCUCUUGGUGGAUUCAAUGCACAUGCUAGUAAUAUUGUAUCUGCUAUUUACUUGGCUACAGGGCAAGAUCCAGCUCAGAAUGUUGAGAGUUCUCAUUGUAUGACCAUGAUGGAAGCUGUGAAUGAUGGGAAAGACCUUCAUGUCUCUGUCACUAUGCCUUCCAUUGAGGUGGGAACAGUUGGAGGGGGCACACAGCUUGCAUCACAAUCAGCUUGUUUGAAUUUACUUGGUGUGAAGGGUGCUAGUAAAGAAUCACCAGGAGCAAAUUCAAGGCAAUUGGCAACAAUAGUAGCUGCUUCAGUGCUUGCCGGAGAGCUUUCACUCAUGUCCGCAAUUGCAGCCGGUCAGCUUGUCAAGAGUCACAUGAAAUACAACAGAUCUACUAAAGAUGUCACCAAAAUUGCAUCAUGA